CGCCAGGACACUUAAAACUGCUCCCUUUCGUGGUCUGUGGAUGAUCUUUCCUGUGUCAAUCAGACUUCAGAUAAGGUUACUUCAAAGCACUCAGAAUUAUGGCCUAUGUUGGACACUGCAACUGCAAUAGCGUUCGGAUUUCGCUCCCAGAACAACCCGAGGGCUCGGUUAUAUGUCAUUGCGAAAACUGUAGAAGAGCUGGUGGUGCAUUCUCUGUGAACUAUUUUGUGGCAGAGGAUGAAAUCACCGUUGAGGAUCCAAACGAGGCACUUGGCAUUUACGAUGACCCGAACACUGCGGCAGGAUAUGCCGUUCAGCGAUACUUUUGCUCAAAGUGUGGAAGCCCCACCCAUACCAAGACCCCUAAGGCCCCUGGAAAGCUAUUUGUGAAGGCUUCCCUGUUUGACACGAUCGCUCCGUGUGUAAAGGAGGUUUACGAGCACAGGCGGUUACCUUUGUUUCAGGCAGAGUCGUCGGACAAGCCCAAGAGUGAUUAAAGCGUCAGAUUCAAAGUUGAUUAUGCGAGAGAUCUAUGUGUCCCGCGAAAAGGUUGAGUACUCCUCUACUUCUCGAUCUACCAGUAAAUAAGCAAUCGAUAUCUGGAGUUCGAGUUGUAGUCUAUGAGUUCUGAUUUGGAAGGAAUCCCCUAUGUAAGGGCGGUAGAUUAAUACUUUUCUCAUACUACAGCAAAAGUGUUCAGAGCCCCCUCACCCGAAGCAGUUCUUGGAAGGAAAUAAGGUUG